AUGGACGCCUCGUGGUUUUUGGAAGGAGCGCUCAAAGGCAACGACAAGGCCCAGUACCACCUUGGCAUCUGUUACGCCGAGGGGCUGGGAGUUGAGAAGAGCUACAAGAGAGCUGCGGGAUGGUUUUCGAAGUCGGCAAGGCAGGGCCACGUCAAGGCUACGUACGAACUAGCGCUGUGCUACAGGUACGGGGAUGGAGUUUCCAAGAGCUACACCAAGUGCCGUCGGCUGCUGCAGUCGGCAUCUCGCAAAGGGAGCCUCCCUGCGUUAGAGGACCUGGCCGUGGCACACUUGAAGGGGAAAUUAGGGCUGGAGCCGAACGCCUCAGCUGCCGUACCCUUGUUGAUCAAGGCUGCCGAUAGGGGCAGCAAGAGAGCCAUGACGUGGGUUGGGUUGAUGUAUGCGGAGGGGAGGUAUGGCAUGCUGCAGGAUGACGAGAAGGCGGAGUGGUACCUCCUGCGCUCUGCUCGAGAGUACAAGGAGGGAUCUCAAGUUGGUAAGGAGAUACGAGCUGGGGCACGGGCGCUGUUCAAGCUGGCUCAGAGGUUUGCUGAGGGCCGCGGAGUGAAGCAGAAUUACGAGAAAGCGAUCGAUUGGUACUCGAGAGCCUCGAUCAAAGGCUACUCCCCAGCUUUCUACGAGCUCGGAAUGUGCUACAUCAAGGGGCUCGGGCACGGUCUGGAUCAGAGCGACUCCGCUGCUGUCGAGUGGUACGCGCGAGCGUCCGAGGAGGGGCACGCAAAGGCUCAGUUCAAGCUGGGCCUCUUCUACCUCAAGGGAAGAUCUAUGCCCAAGGAUGAAUUCAUGGCGACUGAGUGGUUCAUGGAGGCGGCAGAACAAGGGGAUCCGGACGCUCAGGUCAAG